AUGGAGCCCGAGGGCGAGCUUGAGCUCGGUUUACAGCCUCCGGGGCGCGUGCGUGGCUGUCCGCGCGAACACAACUGCGUGAGCACGUCGUCGCGCGAGAGCGACAAGUACGCGUCGCCUUGGACGGCGCCGAAUACGUUUCGCGACGCGAAGGACGCCGCGAACGCGCUCGUGGACGCGACGUUGGAAUCGGUGGAGAACUCUAAAUUAAUUAUGCGAGAGGAUCGGGCGGAGGGCUCGUUCGUUGGAUUUUCCGUGCCGGGCAAACUCGGCGACGACGUCGUCGAAUUUUGGGUGAAGAACGAGCCGGUGAGCGAUAGAAACUGGAGUGGCGACGAAGGCAAUGGGCCGUUGGUGUUGUAUCGCUCGUUCGCGAUGGAUGUGAAGUAUGUCUAUCCUUUCAUGACGCCCGUGAGCGAUUUGGGCGAGCAGAGUAAGCGGUUGCGUAGGAUUCGAGAGUCGCUCGGGUGGCAAAUCCUCGGUUGCGAGUUAGUCGAAUGCUUUCAAUGA